AUGUCUGAACAACAGGACACUGUCUCUGCUGAAUUAAAAUCCUGGCUUUUUUCAGCAAUAGCGGAAUCCAUGCCCAAAGCUAUUGCGGCUUACCACGAACAGGCUAAACCUGCUCCAAGGCCAACUACUGCUUUAAAUAUUUCCGACUCAGAAGAGUCUCACGAUUCUGACCAUGACGGGGCUCCGCGCAAGCGUCCCUGGAAGGGCAACAGUGUCUCCGCCGGUAAAGGCAAGGCACCUGCCAAAAAUGCUAGACUGUCACUUCCCUCCUCAAGCCUUCCAUUAUUGGAUCCCUUAGAGGGUUCCACAGCACACGACCUACAGGUCGUAGACGAGUACUGUGCAGGGUACUCGGACGAAGAAGACCUGGGUAAUUCUAGGUAUGUCAAGGAAUCCUACACCAAGCCAUUCGUGGUUAACCCCAUGCCCACUAAUCCAUCACAAAAUAAGGAUCCUUUAACUGACAUCCUGCUGGAUGGUAACGGCCAACCCCUGUUUGAUCCCAGAAUAAUCAAACACCCCCGGUCCGCUGAAUGGGCACCACCUAGCCAUAUUGCUCAAUUUUGCAGAAUGUGGCUCAGAAAACCGCUAGAGAAGGAGAUCAGGAACAAAUUACGGGCUGAAUGCCCUCGACCUACAAUUCCGGAUAAGGUCGCCCUAACUCCCGAGUUUGAUCCCCUCCUCAUUACCUUCCUCAGCAAGUCAGGAAAAGACCCACGCAAAGGCCUGGAACAGGGCCUCAAAACAGUCCAGGACAAAUUAUUGGAUAUUGCUGGCCCCAUUAUCCAGAUUUUUAUCUUGGCAGAUGAUGCCAUUGUUGAAGGUACCUUGGACCCACACUUGGUACGUGAAUGGGCCCAAAGAGCCCUGUGUCUUUUGGGGAAUGCUAACGUGGCUAUGUCCACUGAAAGAAGGAAAGCUGCGCUAUAUAAAAUAGACGCAAAAUUGGCAGAUUUGGGUUCCAAAGAACUCGGCCCAGAGGCCAACGGCCUCCUAUUUGGGGACCAGUUCAUGCGGGACCUCAACAGACACGUAUCUGUAUUCACCUCACUGAACAAGGCCCAGACCUCCCUUCGCAGGGUGUUUCGAACCAGCCGUUUCUCUGGCAGAGCCGGUCGCCACAGAGGCCGAGCUACCGGCAGGUCUGCCUUCAACGGCUACAGGCCUCGACCAAGUGAACCUUGGAACUCUGGUUAUGCCCGUCCCUAUCAUAGACAACUGUUUACCAACAGAGGAUCAAUCAGAGGACGUGGCUCUGCUUCUCUCCGGGGUCGAUCUGCUCAAGGUAAUGCACCUACCUUAUUCUCUAGUACGUAUUGCAGGCCGUUUAACUUGUUUUUCCCACAGUGGUCUCUUCUCACUCAGGAUCCUUGGAUCCUUCAGACUGUUUCAGGUUUUCUUAUGGAUUUCAUCACCGACCCCAUACAGGACUCACUGCCCCCUCCCAUACGGAUGUCCCAGCCGGACACCACCGCCUUACAUGCAGAACUCUGCAAACUCAGAGACAAGGGCGCAAUCGAACCCUCUUCAUCCCCCCUCAGAUUUGUCAGCAACAUCUUUCUGAUUCGAAAAAAGUCAAACGACUUUCGCCCCAUCAUCAAUCUGAGAGGGCUAAACCAAUUCAUUGUGUACAAGCACUUCAAGAUGGAGGGCAUACACUUACUCCGAGACCUCCUUUGCGAGGGAGACUGGUUCUCCCAUUUCGACCUCAGGGAUGCCUACCUUACGGUACCGAUUGCACCCUGUCACCGCCCUUUCCUCCAGUUCAUAUGGCUUCAAGAGCUUUGGCAGUUCACCUGCCUCCCUUUUGGUCUCUCAUCCGCCCCUUGGUGUUUCACCAAGUUAAUGAAGCCAGUUAUGGCUCUUCUCCGAUCCCAAGGGAUCCGGUCCAUCGUCUACCUAGACGAUAUAUUGAUCAUGGCACAAGAUCCCAAUACGCUUCGGAAACAUACAAAUAUGACCAAAUGUCUCUUACAAAACCUUGGUUUUGUGAUCAAUUUGGAAAAAUCCUCUCUGAUACCAUCACAAUCCAUCCUUUUCCUGGGCUUCCAGAUCGACUCCGUUCGAUCAAUCCUUCAACUCCCGAUGGCGAAAAUAAAAGCCAUCAAGAAGGACAUUCGGAAGCUAUUGUCCUCUCAUCAGGUAUGCCUUCGCGACCUGGCGCGGAUAAUAGGACUCCUGUCCGCAUCCAUUCAGGCCAUCUUCCCUGGCCCUUUACACUACAGGGCGAUGCAGCGUCUCAAGACGAAGUAUCUGUGCAGAUCCCAUUCCUACGACCAACCUAUACUCCUUACAGAAGACGUUCGUGUAGAGUUAGAUUGGUGGCUCCAGAAUAUGGAAGCUUGGAAUGGGAAAGCGAUCUUCGGUCGCCAACCAGACUUCGUCCUAGAGUCCGAUGCCAGCCUCCUAGGUUGGGGAGCCACUUGCUCCGGCCUUUCCACGGGGGGUCUCUGGACUCGGUCAGAACGAUCCAUGCACAUCAAUUGCUUGGAACUGAUGGCUGGCGCUUUUGCGAUUCGCAGUUUCGCCAAAGACGUUUACGACUGCUCUCUAAUUCUGAGGAUGGACAAUGUCUCCGCUGUCCGUUAUGUCAAUCGUCUUGGAGGCUCCCGCUCCAAGCUCCUAUCAGACCUUACCAGGGAACUCUAUCAGUUCUGUCUAGGGAGGAAUAUCUCCCUUCAAGCAGAAUACCUUCCCGGGUCAGACAACCUCGUGGCGGACUGGUUCUCCCGUCACUGGAGGGACGCCAGCGAUUGGCAGCUGGAUCCGAAUGUCUUCUACCAGCUACAUCACCUUCGCGGGCCCAUCACGUUGGACCUCUUUGCCUCCAGACUGAACCGUCAGACGGACGCAUUCUUCAGCUGGCUACCGGAUCCGCUGUCCCAAGCCGUAGACGCUUUUUUACAACCCUGGCCAUUGACAGGAGCAUACGCCUUCCCACCGUUCUCCCUGAUCCCUCGCACUCUACACCGUCUCAGGAUUCUGGGAGUCGGGAUCCUGUUAAUAACUCCCCUCUGGAGAGCCCAACCCUGGUACCCCAACCUCUUAGAGAUGUCCGCAGACUACCCUCUGCUUUUACCCCUCACCCCAGACCUUCUCCGAGAUCCAUUCGGAACAUAUCAUCCCCUGGCCAUCCAGGGACACCUCCAACUGGUGGCCUGGACCGUUUCAGGGGAUCCUGGUUCGUCCCGGGCCUUUCAGGCUCAGCUCGCAACCUCCUCUGGGAUUCAUGGGCCCCAGGCACCCGAAAGUCAUACCUUUCGGCGUGGUCAGCCUGGGCUCGCUGGUGUUUGGAAAGGGAUAUUGAUCCCUUUUCAACGACUCUGGUGAAUAUUAUGAAUUUUCUGUCCUCUCUUUUUGACGGUGGCAAAUCUUAUCGUACUAUAAACCUUUUCCGCUCUGCCAUCUCGGCUGCUCAUAGUCCGAUCAAUACACUCCCUGUCGGACAACACCCUUCCGUGUGCAGGCUCCUACGGGGUAUCCGUCUUUCCAGACCUCCGGCACCCCGUUACACCCAUUUUUGGGAUGUGGCACAAGUCUUAUCCUUUCUGGAGACCUGGCCUCCCAACUCAGAGCUAUCCUUACGCCAACUCUCUGCCAAGUUAGCCCUGCUACUUUGCUUGAUUUCUCUACGUCGGGUUUCCGACAUCAAAGCCUUCGACCUUCAUGCAAUUACUUUCACUCCCGAGGGAGUACGCUUCUCUGUUGUCCGUCGCACUAAGAUUCCAACAACCUCCGUCUUUUAUCCAUACUUCCCAGACAGACCUUCUCUGUGUGUUGCCCUUUGUUUACAACGGUACAUUACUCUUACAACGCCGCUUCGGCCCCCGUCGGGACCUCUUUUUGUGUCCUACGUUCGUCCUCACCGUCCGGUGUCUUGUCCCACUAUUGCUCGGUGGAUCAGGUGGCUCCUCCGCCUUGCGGGCGUAGAGCCGCCCUUUGGCGCCCAUUCAGUACGGGGCGCGGCCGCAUCCUCCGCCUUUACCUCUGGGAGUUCCCUUUCGGAUAUUUUGACCUCGGCAGAUUGGUCAAGGGAAUCUACCUUUCGUACGUUUUAUUUCCGGCCUCAAGCUCAUCCGGGUUUUCAUUUACUCUCUGGGCGUUAAAACAGCAAAUAUGAAGCCUCCUGUCUUGCCAUAAAAUUAGAGAUUAUUCUAGCGUCAGUGACCUAAUAAUCUAAAUUUUAUUAAAGACAGGAGGCGAAUAUUUUCCCACCCUACGUGCGCUCAGGUUUCGUUUUGUUCUUUUUCUUUUUUCGCACGUCCCCCUCCCUUUUUCUUCCAGAAUGGGAUACACAGGUAGGGUGUUCAUACUGCUGUAGUUUUGGUUUUGGUUCAUAAACUCAUUCUUUCAUCCACAUAGAUAUGACUAGGGAUAUGUGUAAUACUCCAGAAGUUUUUUCAUUAAAACAUUUUCAAACUAGGCAUUUGUAUGUAGGCACUUUGCCAAUCACACCAUACUUUCACGAGUCUCUCUUUUUUUUUUUUUCUAGUGUGAAAGAGCCUUCACCCCUCUGCAUGGCGACAUCGUUGAGGAUAUGUUGUCCCAACUUCCAGUUUCGUUAA